AUGGCUGACACUGCCGGCUAUCCAACCGAAGGCAAGUUGGAUGCUCACAACAACAUUCAUACCAAUAAGCGAAAGCGAGACACCCGCGACCAAGGCAUCAAUCGACCCGCCCCCCACAGCUCCAACAACGACCUGACCGACCAGGCCACGGCCUCGUUUCUAGCCGCCCACAACGCGGCCGACGACGACAUGCAGCAGCAGUUCGACGUACACCACAAUGGCGGAACCAACACGGCGAGUGUUGGCGACACUGCUGCCGCCGCCCUAGCCUACCAUCAGAUGACGGUACCCCAAGCUACUGAACUACAGUUUCAAACACAAAACUCUGGCGAUGGUUCUUUCGGCAUGGGCGACCAUGGUCAGCAACAGACGCCCAUGCAAGACUUCAGCCUCGAGGCUCUGAAAGCUGUCACCUCAUCAGGCCGCCCAGGCCAAAGCGCACCGAGCGACUCCCCUCCACAAAGCGCUACCCACAAGCCUCAGGUUGGCACAGAAGAGUGGCACAAGGUCCGGAGGGACAAUCACAAAGAAGUUGAACGUCGUCGUCGUGAGACCAUCAACGAGGGAAUCAACGAAUUGGCCAAGAUCGUCCCCGGCUGCGAGAAGAACAAGGGUUCCAUUCUGCAAAGAGCCGUACAAUUUAUUACUCAACUUAAGGAGAAUGAGCAACAGAAUAUUGAAAAGUGGACGCUUGAGAAACUUCUCACCGAGCAAGCCAUUACCGAGCUCAGUGCCAGCUGCGAUAAGUUCAAGGCUGAAUGCCAGAGGGCUUGGGACGAAUGCCAGAUCUACAAGAGGGCCUGUGAAAACAAUGGCAUCAUGCCGGACGAGAUCAAGGAGCGCCAAGAGAACGGCGAGCAAACGGGUGCAAGUAACAUGUAA